AAUAGGCCCACCCCUGUAGAAAAGUAUGAACUAUGAACUAUGAAACCCCUAUCCUUUUCUGCGGAACAUCUUCUAAUCAGAGUCCACUCCAACCUUGUCUCUCCUGAGAAGUGAUUGCCUUUCAAGCGCUCUUUUUUUCACCUGUGAGUCCCGUCCGGUUGGAAGCCAACUUCACAGUUGCUUGCAGUAUGCUACAACCCUGUAACGAACUUGCGGCUAAGCAGAGCAAAAUAGUACCUGGAUGGAUUCAUUGGUUUGUAGCUCUCUCCUGAAGAAGGAUCAGUUUGUUUUGCUUUGAAAGCCCGAAUCACGCCUCGCCCAUCAGGAUUCACUAGACUAGGGAAUAAAGUUUUAUUGCGAAAAAGAGGCCUUCAAUACCAUCACCAUGGGCAUUAAAACUUUCUUUGCCAUUGUGUGCAUCUGCAUGAUACGACUAGGGUCGUCGUUCAAAACUGGAUUCGAAUCGGGUUUAAUAUGUUAUCAGUGUGUGGGAACUCAUCCUGGUUGUGGUUUACACGACUUCGAUUGGCGAUGGUAUUGGGGCAAGAUCUGUCCGAGAUCGGACGACAGAUGUGUCAAACUGAUUGAGAGAAAAGGGUCGAAUGUGGUCGUUACUCGUGAUUGUUUGAGUAAUCUUGAAGGAUUCCGGACCGAUAUUCCGGCUGACAAAUAUGAAGGAUGCCGAGCCAAAUCCAAGGAUGUCAAACUUGGACAAUAUACGUUCAACAGAAUCAAAGAAUUGGAUACCAAAAG